AAGUUCAACCUUUUUAUUCAUGGAAAAAAAUGGUGUGCUCAUGGAAUGUUCCGAACCUGGCUGGCGACUAGCUGGGAAUUUUCUGCAAACAAAAUCCACAGCAAAGUCAUAAUCCAAUUAUCUGAAUUCAAGUUUCACUAGAUUAUCAUUUGUUCAUCUUCUUUGACCCCUUAAUCUUGUAAGUUUGAAAAACGAAGAAACAGAGUGAAAAAUGGAGAGCUUAAUACCCACAUGGCAAGUGACGCUUUUAUGUGGGAUUUUGAUAUGGAUUGUUGUGUCUUCGAUGUUCAAUGUGACCCGGAUUAUUAGAUCUUUAACCCAACCAUGGGUAUCGAGUUGUGUAAUCUCUGGUACACCUAUUAUUCUUCAGAUCCAGAAAUACCAGCAUUCAUUUUUGGAUGCGUUGUUUGCUGGGUUAUCCUGUGUUGUUUCUGUCCCUUUUUAUACUGGCUUUCUUCCCUUGCUAUUCUGGAGUGGACAUGGGAAAUUGGCAAGGCAGAUGACACUUUUGAUGGCAUUCUGUGAUUAUACAGGGAACUGCAUAAAGGAUGUGGUGUCAGCUCCUAGACCCAAAUCACCACCUGUGAGGAUUCUGACUGUCACUGAAGAUGAGAAAGAGAAUGCCAUGGAGUAUGGAUUGCCUUCUUCACAUACUCUUAACACUGUAUGCUUAUCUGGGUAUCUCUUGCAUUAUCUAUCGUCCUGCAACGAGAAAUCAGAUGCAUCCUUUCAGCUAGCAGCAUUUGCACUUGUUUGCUUGUUUGUUUGUCUUAUUGGAUUGGGAAGAAUAUAUCUUGGUAUGCACAGCGUGGUUGAUAUCGUUAGUGGUCUUGUGCUUGGAUUGGCAAUACUUGCAUUUUGGCUUUCUAUUCAUGAUCACGUUGACAAUUUUGUAGUUUCAGGACAAAAUGUUACAUCCUUUUGGGCUGCACUUAGCCUCUUGAUGCUAUUUGCCUACCCGACACCCGAGUUUCCAACUCCAAGUUUUGAGUAUCACACAGCGUUCACCGGCGUGGCAUUGGGAAUUGUGACCGGCGUCCAACAAACAUACGAGCACUUCCACCACGAACAAGUAGCACGCGUGUUCACCCCUCGGCUCCUAAUGGCUGCCUUUGCCGGUAGGAUCCUUAUUGGCAUUCCGACCAUAUUGGUUGUCAAAUUCUGCAGCAAGGCUCUUGCAAAAUGGAUUCUACCCAUUACCGCAAAUGCAUUAGGCAUCUCGAUAAGAUCUUCCGGGUACGUCCCGGCUUUGAGCGGCUCGUCAACGGUCAAAAAGUCAAAUGGGUAUCUUCAGAAAAUGUUUUUUUUCAGUAAUCAGGAUUCAUUGGAUGUGGAUACAGGUAUAAGGUUGCUUCAAUAUGCUGGUCUUGCUUGGUCUGUAGUAGAUCUUGUUCCUUCAAUCUUUUCUAAACUCAAUUUGUGAUGUAUAUAUAGAAUGUGCAGCCCUUGUUUCCAGAUUAGCUUUUGCUAUCACCAUAAUAAAUUUAUGGAACUGACGAAAAUGCCCAUGGACCAGGAAGGGUCACCUUUCUUUUCCCUCUUUAAACCAGAGGGCACUUUCGUCAAUCUAUUAUUUUAGUUUGGAUCUGGUUAAAGUUGAUCUGCAUAUGGGGUUGCUAUAAAAUGUAUUGUAUUAGACUACAACAUAAUUCUUUACUUUUU